AUGGCCGACAACAAAAUCGAUCAGGCAGUGAACUGGCUUCUUCCAAUCUACUCGCAGUCCUCCGAGCUGAAUGUCUCCAGUUUGAACGCGACUCUGAGGAAAAGUCUGCGUAUGUUGGCUGACAAGUUUAGACUAAGCUUCAAGCAAGAUGACGUCGGCAAUAUCUACAUUACCGGUGCAGGUCGUGAUCCAGAAUUGUCACCCUUAGGCGUAUGCUUCCCUCUGGACGGGUCGACGUUUCCUGGUGCGUUCGAGGGUGCACUGCGCACAUUCCUCGCGUUGCAGAAUCGCAGCUUCAGUUGCGGUAUUUCUUUGAUCGGAUGGUCGUCUCCGGCAGGAAAGUCAUUGGGUCAUGAUGUGUGGGAGGGCCGGAUAUCUCUAGAAGAGAGCUUAUCACAGGCUCCGGAUCUCAAGCAAUUUUCGAGCAUGGACAGCUUCUCUUCGUUUGGCAUGUCCGCCUUGUUUGAGAUUGUCGUGACACAGGAAGCUACUAUUAGCAUUCGUGGCGGCCCGAUUCUCGUGCAGAAAGCAGCUAAUGCUGCCCAAAGGCCCGUCAAGACGCAGUCUGAAGGCCAGACUCCGCGAAGAGCGCCAGAGGUGAAAAUUGAGGGACGUGAAGCUGUAUCGGUGGGGAGAGCCACGGUGGAGCUGUACAGUAAAUACAUAGCGGCGCUCUUCGACAACUUCGACUAA